AUGGGGGAGAAUCAACCAGAUAGACAACAAGUUAACGAGUUUAUAGAGAAUAGGAUAGAAGGUGAACCUGAAAAUAGGAGCGACUGUGAAUCAGAGAAUAGGACAGUCGGGGAGAUGCAGAAUCUGCAGGCUCAGUUAGACUGGGAUAAAAUUGAGACAGAUCAGACAGAUGGAAAUCGAAGGGAUGAGAACAUCGAAUUUCCAGAAUUUGAGAUUCCAGAUGAACCAAGGGACACUGACUGCCCAGAUGAACCAAGGGGCUCUGACUGCCCAGAUGAACCAAGGGGCUCUGACUGCCCAUAUGAACUGAGGGGCUCUGACCGCCCAGAUGAAUCAAGGGGCUCUGACUACCUAGAUAAACCAAGGGGCUCUGACUGCCCAUAUGAACUGAGGGGCUCUGACCGCCCAGAUGAAUCAAGGGGCUCUGACUGCCUAGAUAAACCAAGGGGCUCUGACUGCCCAGAUGAACAAAGGUGUUCUGACCACGGAUGA